GUUCUUAUUUAUUUAUAAACAAGUAGUUUCGAAUUCAAAAAUCAUGACUGCUUGUUCGGAUAGAAAUUUUUUAUACACAGUAAUUAAAGAUGCAUCGGCCAGGAAACUUUUUAGUUUAUUAAAUUCAAUUUCUGGAUCAAAGGAUUUGGUACUGGAUAGCCAGCUUAUUUGUUCUCUUGACUAUAUAGCAAAUUUUAGUCAGUUGAAGAGUUGUAAUGUUCAAAAAGUUUUCAAAUUAGAAUCUGGUGCUACUCCUGGAGCUACUGAAAAGUGUGUGUAUGUAAUCAGACCUUCUAUACAAAAUGCAAAGAUCAUAGCUGAUCAUAUUAAUGCAAGUAAAUCAAUUGAAAGCAAUAAAAAAUUUUGGGUAAUACAUGUACCAAGAAAGAAUUUUCGCAGUGAACUUGUUUUAGAAAGAGAAGGUGUUUAUGGUUAUAUAACACAAAUAGAACUGCCAAUUUGCUUUUUUGCUCUUGACAAAGACUUAUUUUCAUUGGAAUUACCAGACUUUUUCAAUGCUUUUUACUUGAAAGGUGAUCUUUCUUACAUACAUACAGCUGCAACUGCUCUUGUACAGUUAUGUAAAAUUUGUGGACCCAUUCCUAAAAUAUUUGGACAAGGAAGAUGUGCAGAGAUGGUUGUUGAUCUAAUGAAACAAAUUUCAGAAGAAACUGUCAAUGAUUCACAACAAACUGACAGGAUAUCCCACCUAAUUAUUCUUGACAGAGAUAUAGACUUUGUUUCUGUACUUCUUUCUCAACUCACCUAUGAAGGAAUGUUAGAUGAAGCAUUUGGAAUAAACAGCAGCCGCAUCAUAUUCCCUAAAGAAGUCACAGGUAAAGAUGAUGCUAUAAAAGUGGUGCUUAAUAGUAAUGAUUUGCAUUUUAAACAAAAUAUAGACUUUGUUUCUGUACUUCUUUCUCAACUUACCUAUGAAGGAAUGUUAGAUGAAGCAUUUGGAAUAAACAGCAGCCGCAUCAUAUUCCCUAAAGAAGUCACAGGUAAAGAUGAUGCUAUAAAAGUGGUGCUUAAUAGUAAUGAUUUGAUCUUUGCAGAAAUUCGAAACUCAUUUUUUGCUAGUGUGUUUGGCGUUCUUAGUAGCAGAGCGAAAGAAUUGCAAACCAAAUCGGAAACUCGAAAUAUGUCUGUAGCUGAUAUGAAAAAUUUUGUGACUAAUGAUAUGAAAAAAAUUCGACAACUGCAGUCUUCAUUAUCAUUACAUAUUGGAGCUUGUGAAGCAAUUAUGGAAAAGAAAAGCCAGGAUAACUUUCAAGAGCAUUUGCAAAUUGAACGAGACAUCAUUGAAAAUCAAAAUGCUAAAGAUUGUAUUGAUUAUAUUGAAGAUUUAAUUAAUCAACAAGAACCAUACACAAUAGCAUUGAGACUAAUGUGUUUGCUUUCAAUCGCUCAAGAUGGGCUUCUCCCAUCAGAGUACAAAUCUCUUGCCACACAAUUUCGUCAAAGUUAUGGGUGUAAGUAUUUGCCUCUUCUUUACAAUUUAAAGAAACUUGGUUUGUUAGUUGAGCAGUCAUCUCUUUUACCAUCUGGACAAACUACAGCAGGCAAAAUUGUAGAAAAGGUUGGAAGAGUUGGAGCUUCUAGAAUUGCAGAAAAAGUAGCAACAGCUGUUACCUUAACAAAAUAUAGCUCUUUUAAAUCCAUUUUACGAAAGUUCAAUUUAAUUCCAAAUGAGCAGGACUCAGAUUUAAGAAAUCCUAAAAGUGUGAGUUAUGUUUUUGGUGGGCGAUAUGUGCCUUUAAUAGCGAGAGUAACAGAACAAGUUAUUGUUCAUGGAUCUCUUAAAAAUAUUGAAGAUGGGAUGAAACUUCUACCUGGAAAAACAAUAAUGAAUUUCCAAGUUGACAAAGAUUCUGGGACUGUGAGGCCUACAACUGAUUUCGUCUCAAAAACCGUUCUAGUAUAUGCAUUAGGUGGAAUUACAUUUGCUGAAAUAGCUGCCCUAAGACAUUUAGGUCAAUUGAAUGGUUGCAGAAUACUUUUAGCUACAACAUCAAUUAUUAAUGGAACGUCUCUUUUAAAAAUGUUCACACCUUCUGAAAAAUAAUUUAUUUUACUAAGUUGUUGCUAACAAGAUCUCCUUUUUAUAUAUGUAUGUUUAGAAUGUGAAAGCUUCUAUUAAAAACUGUUAUGUUUGACAAUGUGAGAACAGACGUGCUUUGCCUUGAAACUCUUUACACCUGAAAGGUGCAUGAGCCCUCCAUCCUCUACUGCAGAGUGUGAUCUCUCUUUCAAUAUUCCAAUUCGACCAAUUAAAUUGAUUUCUCUUCUUGGCCAUGUUGUUUUCGUCCUACCUCUCCUCCUCUUUCCAUCUGGUGACCAGGUCAAUGUGUUUCUCUCAUUCUCUUUGGCAUGUUUUCUUAAUGUGUUAGACAAUUCAGUCCAUCGUCUCUUUUUUAUAUCUAUUGUAAGUGGCUAGCUACUGAAUUUAUGGUAUAAGUUUAUGUUGCUCAUUUUGUUUGACCAGUAGCUUUUUAGUACUUUUCUUGAAGAGCAUCUAUUUUGUCUUUUCAAAUUUCAUUACAAUUGACCAAUCAUUUGCCAUUUGUUUUACUGUUUAAUUUCAUUACUUUUGUGAUUUAUCUUAUUUAUUUUUUAUAUUAUUUUAUUUUUAGACCAAUUUUCUGAGCAAUUGUUUGAAGGUCUUAAGGUUUUUCUCGAAGGUAUCUUUGAAUCUUUACGGCAGUUGAAUAAUUUCUUUCUCAAGCACCAGAUCCUCAAGGCAAUUAUUGAAGUCCCAUCUUAUGCCUUUAUUUCUGGCUUUCAUGAUGGUCCUCAAAACCCAGUCUAGAGCUAUGAUAAAUGGCAACCCAGUGUCUGACUCCGGUUUUGAUUCCAAUUUUUUCAAACUGCACCCCUUUCACAAUUACUUGUGCAUUUCUUCUACAAUACAUUUUUGAUAUUAAUAAUCUUACCCGGGAUACCAUUGAAACUCAAGAUCUUCCACAAAUAUUCUCUAUCAAUAAUUUCAAAAGCCUUUGAAAAGCCAAAAGAAGUUUAAAUACAAUGUCUCAUUUCUUUCAAUGCAUUAUUUUAUGUAAAAUGAGAAUUUGAUUUACAAUGCCACUUCCAAUUCUGAAUCGUGCCUGUUUAUCUCUAAUCAAUUUUGUUUCUUAUUUUAUUAAUAGUUAUUUUUGAGAAAAAUUUUCCCUGAACACAAAGUUAACUAAUUCCUCUCUAGUUGUUAUGGAGUUAAUUUUCCCUUUUUCGGAAUCUACUAUGUAUGCCUCUCUCCACAGGAGGAAUGUACUUUUUCCGCAUUCCAAAUUAGGUUAAACAGCUUAAGUAAUGCCAAAGCUGAGAUUUUUAAAUCCGCUUUUAUAAAUGUUGACGAGAAAAAUUAUUACUGCUUGUUCUUUUGCUUUUCUAUUUUUAAAUAGCAUCUAUUAUUUCUUAGCAAGUGAUUCCUCCCAUACCAAUAUCAAUAUCUCUUUGGUUCUCAAAUGCUGAUGUGAUAUUGUAUUUAUACAGUGAAGCAAAAAUGUUUCAGAAUGUUUGUGAUUGAUUAAAAAGAUCAAUUUCAACAUUUGAGUUUUAAAGAAA